AUGGGGCGACUCGUCGGACGACUUUUUGUUGGCGGGACUCUUUUCCUCAUAACAUUCAUUGGAUACUCGUCGCAAAUAUUCAUCAUAUGGCCGUGGUACGGUCGCGAGCUCACCGUAGAGCUGCUGACUCUGCUUAUACCCUUCAAUGCGCUACUUGGAAUGCUGCUAUGGAGCUAUUACCUUGUUGUCACGACAAAUCCGGGGCAAGUGCCUAAUAACUGGCAACCGAACUUCCAAAGCGAGGAAGGAUAUGAAGUAAAGAAGCUCACUAGAGGACCUCGAUACUGCCGGACAUGCGAGAACUACAAACCACCGCGUGCCCACCACUGCCGACAAUGCAAGCGAUGUGUGCUUCGGAUGGAUCAUCAUUGCCCAUGGGUCAACAAUUGCGUCGGGCACUACAACUACGGACACUUCAUCCGCUUCCUGUUCUAUGUGGACAUCACAUGCGCGUACCAUCUUGGCAUGGUUACGAGACGUGUACUGACUGCUUCAGCUACACGAUUCUGGGACGAACCCUCUUUUCAAGAGCUUAUCUUUAUCGUCCUAAACUAUACUUUUUGCGUGCCAGUAAUGCUUGCCGUCGGUGGUUUCAGUAUUUAUCACUUUAACGCCUUGUGCAAUAAUACGACAACUAUAGAGGGCUGGGAGAAAGAUAAAGUUGCCACCUUAGUUCGCAGAGGGAAGAUCCAAGAGAUCAAAUUUCCCUACAACAUCGGUGCCUGGGGGAACAUCAAGUCCGUCGUUGGCGGUAAUCCUUGGCUCUGGUGCUGGCCCGGUCCUCCCAAAGGCGAUGGGCUCAAGUAUCCGCUGGCGGACCCGACUGGUGAGUGGGUGGAGCUCCAACCGCAGUCGGAGGACUGGAAUCGGAGAAUGGACGCCUGGAAGAGUCACGAUGUAGCUGAGCCGUAG